CUCUGCUCUCCCUCUCGCAGGGCCCGUGCAGGAGGUGGAUCAAGAGGGGCUCCUGGCGGAGCUCGGAAACCUCCUGGACCCCAAAGGGGAACCCCUGGGGCUGCUGGACCCCGAAGAGAGCCCCGAGGAGUCCGAGGAUCACGAAGAGAGCCCUGAGGAGUCUGAGGAUCACGAGGAGAGCCCCGAGGAUCCCAAAGAGAGCCCUGAAGAGUCUGAGGAUCCCAAAGAGAGUCCUGAGGAGUCUGAAGAUCACGAGGAGAGCCCUGAAGAGUCUGAGGAUCACGAAGAGAGCCCCAAGGAGUCUGAGGAUUCUGAAGAGAGCCCUGAAGAGUCCGAGGAUCAUGAAGAGAGCCCUGAAGAGUCUGAGGAUUUUGAGGAGAGCCCUGGGGAGUCUGAAGAGAGCCCUGAAGAGUCUGAAGAUCAUGAGGAGAGCCCUGAAGAGUCCGAGGAUCCCAAAGAGAGCCCCGAGGAGUCUGAGGAUCAUGAGGAGAGCCCUGAAGAGUCUGAGGAUCACGAGGAGAGCCCCGAGGAUCCCAAAGAGAGCCCUGAGGAGUCUGAGGAGUCUGAAGAGAGCCCUGAAGAGUCUGAGGAUCAUGAGGAGAGCCCUGAGGAGUCUGAGGAUUUUGAGGAGAGCCCUGAAGAGUCUGAAGAGAGUCCUGAGGAGUCUGAGGACCACGAAGAGAGCCCCGAGGAGUCUGAGGAUUCUGAAGAGAGUCCUGAGGAUCCCAAAGAGAGCCCCGAGGAGUCUGAAGAUCACGAAGAGAGCCCUGAGGAGUCUGAAGAUCACGAGGAGAGCCCCGAGGAGUCUGAGGAUUCUGAAGAGAGCCCUGAAGAGUCCGAGGAUCACGAGGAGAGCCCUGAGGAGUCUGAAGAUCACGAAGAGAGUCCCGAGGAGUCCGAGGAUCACGAAGAGAGCUCCGAGGAGUCUGAGGAAAGCUCUGAGGAUCCCGAAGAGAGCUCUGAGGAGUCGGAGGAGCUCAGCGUGGAUCCGACCCUCCUCGGGGAGCUGGCAACCAAACUAAAAGGUUUGGGACCCCCCCCCAAAACUCCCCGGGCCCCCCAGGGACGGGCAGAUCUGGUUCGGGACCCCCCAAAACUCCCCGAGCCCCCCAGGGACGGGCAGAUCUG